AUGAACUCUAUAGAUCCAAGUCCAGUGUGGUGGGUCUCAUCUGACUGUGUGAAGAAGAAUAAGUCUGCAGUGAGAGAAUGUGUCGAUGGUUCAUCCUCUUCCUCUUCCUCUCCCUCUUCCUCUUCCUGGGGUCUGGAGGUGAAUUGUUCAGACUCGGUGCGUCUGGUCUCGGGGCCCAGUCUGUGCUCAGGAUCAGUGCAGAUCUGGGACCAGUCCUGGACCUGGGUCUGUGAAGGGGCCUUGGACCAGCAGGGGGCAGAGGUGCUGUGCAGGGAGCUGGGCUGUGGGGCUCCUUCUCUCCUCCAGGGGGCGCUCUCUCCUCUGAAGCAGACGUUCCACUGUGAGGGCCAUGAGUCUGCUCUGAUGGACUGUCCCCGCUCCGGCUCAGAGACCUGCUCCUCUGGAGCCGCUGUCAACCUCACCUGCUCAGAGCCGCUCAGGCUGGUGGGAGGGGCCAGUCGCUGUGCUGGGACUGUGGAGAUGAAACACAGAGGAGAGUGGAGAUGGAUGGUGCACUAUGGACUCCCUGGACUCUGGUUCCUGGGGGACAUAUCUGCUGUCCAGGGUGGAGAGUCUCACCUGUCUGUGUGA